AUGCCAACUGUAAAUCGAAGAAUUUCAUUGGGUUCGCCCAAGGAUUUGAGAGAAGUCAAGUUUUUCGACGAGGAACCGAUUCCUGAUGUUCCACCAAAGGGUGCGAGAGUUAAGGUAACUUCAAAAUUUUGAGAGAAACGAUAAAUAUUAUACUUCCACGCGCUCCACCGAAAUAAACACGCAACGCAGACCGCGCCGCGCCACAACACAAGGGAACGAUUCAAAUUCCCUCCCUUUUUUGUGUGUGUUGUGGCGCGGGGCGGUCUGCGUUGCGUGUUUAUUUCGGUGGAGCGCGUGGUACCGAUGAGAUUUUCGAUAAAUACAUCUUAAAUACAAGAAUAAUCUAGGUUUGCUACGCUGGAGUUUGUUUGACUGAUCGUGAAGUUUCCAACACCAAACAAGCUCGAAUCACAAAUGGAAUCAAAGACACAAGUUUGUUCCCAGGAUACGAAGUUUCAGGAGUUGUCGAAUCUUUCGGCUCCGAAUGCACACCAAAUGAUUACGAUCUUAAAAUCGGCGAUAAAGUGAUCGUUUGGCCGACUGAUGAGAUGUGCAGUCAUGGUUACGCGGAUUAUGUUGCGGUGCCAACUCUUCAUUUCCUUGUCAAGAUUCCUGAUUCGCUUUCGAUGCAUGUCGCUUCGAUUUUGCCGGCUGGCGCCACUUGGGCACUUUCGGCGGUUUUGCAAGCGAGACCGAUUGUUGAGGCAUUCUCGCAAUCGAAGGGGUUUUGUAAUAUUUUGAUUGUUGGAGCUGGGGGACUUGGAUUAUGGUUGUUGAAGUUGGCAAAACACUUUUUGGCUGCCAAUAAUGAUAAGUAUGUUGGAAAUUUUUUCCAAAAAUUGGAGAAUUUAUGAGUUAUGACGUGGCAAACAUCGAAAACUAGCUUCAAAAUUGAUUUUCUUUUCUAGAAAAUCAUUUUUGAAGCUAGUUUUCACGUCCCCGAACUUUGCCACGUCAUAACUCAUAUUAGAAGUUGAGCUUUGCAGUUUUAGACAGCGGGAUCGUGGUCGAAAAUGACUAGAAAAUAUUUAUUUUAUCAAAAAUCUCUGGAAAAAUUGUGAUUUCAGAAGAUUUCUAUGAGAUUCUUAUCAUAAUUUCUAGAUUUUCAAAGUAGUUUUCAAGCCACGCUGAAAACGGCCCCAAAAAAUAGCAGAACUCAUGAGUUAUGACGUGGCAAAGUUCGGAAAUAGCAUUUUUCAUCGAAUUGCGAAGAUUUUUAUCAGCAAAAAUCCGAUUGGAGCUGAAAAUAUUGAGCCCAAAAAUCGGAUUUUUGUUCAAAAAAGUCACUUUUGUUUGAAUUUUUCAUCAAAAAUCUUCCCAAUUCGAUGAAAAAUGCUAUUCGCGAAGUUUGCCACGUCAUAACUCAUGAGUUCAGCAAUUUUCGGGUUGAAAACUACAUUGAAAAUCUAGAAGUUAUGAUAAGAAACUCAUAGAAAUCUUCUGAAAUUACAAUUUUUCCAGAGAUUUUUGAUAAAAUAAAUAUUUUCCAGUAGUUUUUGACAUUCUGAUCACGAUCCCGUUGUCUAAAACUGCAAAGCUCAACUUCUAAUAUGAGUUAUGACGUGGCAAAGUUUGGAUAUCGGGACUUUAGUAGCUUCAAAAUUGAUUUUCUAGCAAAUUUUCUAGCAAAUCAUUUUUGAAGCUACUAAAGUUCCGAUUUUUGAACUUUGCCACGUCAUAACUCAUAUUAGAAUUUGAGCUUUGCAGUUUUAGACACCGUGAUCGUGAUCAGGUCGAAAACGACUAGAAAAUAUUUAUUUUAUCAAAAAUCUCUGGAAAAAUUGUAAUUUCUGAAGGUUUCUAUGAGAUUCUUAUCAUAAUUUCUAGAUUUUAGGCACCUUGGGGAACUAGAAAAUCUAUAAUUUCCAGAAAAAUCCGUUUAAUGGUGGCUGACGCAAAAGAAGAACGUCUUUCAUUGGCCGAAAGAAAUGGAGCGGAUUUCGUUGUUCAUUGGGAUGAUUCAGAAUUCGAAGAAUAUUUGAUAAUGCGAACAAAAGAUGUCGCAAGAACCGGUGUGAAUGUUGUCUUCGAUUUCGUCACCUCACCAAGAACCGUCACUCGCUCAUUAAAAUGUUUGGCUGAAGGUGGUGUUCUCUUCGUGGGUGGUCUUUCGGGACUCGAUGUUCAAUUACCAAUCAAACAUGUGGCUAAGAAUCGACUUGCGAUUAUGGGAGUUACACGUGGAAGUAUUGAGCAGUUGAAGAAUUUGGUGAAUUUGAUUGCUGGCGGACAAAUUGAUGCGCCUGAUUAUCGAGUUUAUCCCGUUGAUCAAGCUUCGUCGGUGAGAUUUUUUAAAAUGACGUGGAAAAUUGGUCCUGGGGCGAAAAACCAUGAUUUCUUGAGGACUGAAGCUAAUUAUCACGAUUUUUUUGGUCCUGGAGCGAAAAUUUGAGGUUUUCUAGGUCAUGAAGCGAAAAACUAUGAUUUCCUUAGUCCUGAAGCGAAAAUUUGGACGAUUUUUUAGGUCCUGAAGCGAAAUCUUAAGAUUUUCAUGGUCCUGGACUGAAUUUGAACGAUUUUUGAAGUCCUGGAGCGAAAAACCAUGAUUUUCUAUGUCCUGAAGUAAAUUUGAUUAAUUUUCGAGGUCCUGAACUUAGAAAAUCCCAAAUUUUUGCUCCAAGACCUAGAAAAAUCAUAGUUUUUCGCCCCAGAGCCUAAAAAUCCAAAAUUCUUGCUCCAGGACCUAGAAAAUACCAUGGUUUUUCCGCUUCGGGACCUAGAAAACCUGGUUUUUUCGCUCCAGAGCCUAAAAAAUCCCAAAAUUUCGCUCCAAGACCUAGAAAAUUCCAAAUUUUUUCGCUCCAGGACCUAGAAAUUCAUAGUUUUUCGCUCCAGAGACCUAGAAAACUUGGGUUUUUUCACUCCAGAACCAAAAAUAUCUAAAAUUCUUGCUCCAGAACUUAGAAAUAUCACAGUUUUUCGCUCCAGGACCUAGAAAAUACCAAAAUGGUUCACUCCGGGAGCUAGGAAAUCCCAAAAUUUCACUCCGGGACCUAGAAAAAUCCCAAGAUAAUUUGAAAAUUUCAAAAACCCCCUCAAUUUCUCGCAGGUUCUCAAACAAUUAUCAAUGUCCGAAGUGGAAGGCCGUGCAAUUCUCGAAGUUUGCGAUCCAAAUUCAGCUCUCGAAAAUGCCGAAGGCGGAAUUCCAAUUCCACAAAAAGAACACGAUUAG